AUGAGUAAAGACGACGAAUACGAUUAUCUUUUUAAAGUUGUCUUAAUUGGUGACUCUGGUGUUGGUAAAUCCAAUCUUCUUUCUCGUUUUACACGUAAUGAAUUCAAUUUAGAGUCAAAAUCCACUAUUGGUGUUGAAUUUGCUACUAGAAGUAUUCAAGUUGAUAAUAAAACAAUUAAGGCACAAAUUUGGGAUACAGCUGGCCAAGAACGUUAUAGAGCAAUUACAAGCGCAUAUUAUCGUGGUGCAGUAGGUGCUUUACUUGUUUAUGAUAUUGCUAAACAUGUGACAUAUGAAAAUGUUACUCGUUGGUUAAAAGAAUUAAGAGACCAUGCUGAUAACAAUAUUGUAAUUAUGCUUGUUGGAAAUAAAAGUGAUUUAAGGCAUCUUAGAGCAGUUCCAACUGAAGAAGCUAAACAAUUUGCUGAAAUAUACCGUAUUGUAUCCAAUAAAGCUUUGGAAAACAACAACGGUGAUAUUGCUAGACCAACUGCCGGUGAAACUAUUCAAGUCACCUCAAUGCCUGAUGAUGCUAGUAAAACAACUGGCAAAUGUU